AUGGUGAGCAAGGAGGACAGCAAAUGCAUGGUUCUCUCAAACUCAGAUGAAUCGGACCUGGAGACAGGCCCAUCACACAGCCACGAGGUGCAGUAUGAGCUUGAAUCUGGCAAGCAGCAGGUGAAGAAAAGAAACAAGGCUCUACAAGUGCGUUUUAAGGAUAUCUGUGACGCUCAAAACGAACGCAGGGGCAGACGUUCUAGGUCAAUUUCGUGUAAAGUGACACACAGGAGGUACAUGACCAUGCCUGCCAGACGCUCCAUUCCAAAUGUGACCAAGAGCACUGGCGUCCAGACAUCGCCGGACCUCACCAAGCGAUACAAGACUUUUCCUUUUGAGAGGAAAAAGGGACACACAUUUAAACAUAAGGCGCUGGUGGAGGACUACAAAGGACAAAACAAUGGGUUUUUAAGUGACAUUAAGGGAGGAGGGGACGAGGCUGGUGGCUUGGGGGAGUCCUCCAAGCACAGGGGUAAGAUCGUGGGGCAGACAAAAGCACUGCUUCACCACACUGAUGACAGCAGUGGCACAGAGGAUCUGCUCUCAAGUGCCAACUGUGUGGAUGGACCCUCAUGUCCAGACUCUUCAUUUCUGUCAAAAGACUCUGAGUGCCCUCCAAACAGCCCUCCUUCCAAAGGAGAGCUGGAUUACCAGGUUUGUGGCACCAGGACCAAACACAAAGGAUUACCCAAAGAAGAGACAGGAGCUGGCACUUCUAUUAAGCGUCAGCUGGGUAUUUCAGAGGAAAUUUCUCGGGACACAAGGUCAAAGGGCACGGGCCCCAUUUCAUGGAACUCCCUCACACGUGUCGAGUCACUGGGGAGCCCUUCUGUGUGCUGCAAACGGAAAAAGGCCACACUGUUCAAUGGACAGCAGUCACAGACGCUGCCCCAUAGUGCCCAGUGUUCUGCGCAGGCAAAGGGGCAGUGUCGGACAAGGCAUGCAUCGGCUUCUUCCAAAAUCCAGCAGGAAGGUGGGGAGAACCAGGACUUUCCUCCAGGAGAUAGAGGAGGCUCAGACUUGGGGGCUAGCCAGCAGAUAAUGCCCUUGUCUGAGGACAAGGAUAUCAAAGCACAGCUCCAGGCCAUGGAGAGCCUCAUCAGCUCUAGCCAGGAGACCAUCAAAGUCCUGCUAGGAGUCAUUCAGGAGCUGGAGAAAGGCGAGGCUCAGCGAGAGGGACUCUCCUACCGAACAGGACAAGACACAGCCAACUGCGACACAUGUCGAAACAGUGCAUGCAUCAUUUACAGUGUGGAGCUGGACUUCAAGCAGCAGGAAGACAAGCUGCAGCCCCUGAUGAAGAGACUUUGCCCAUUUGAUGGCCCGCAAUGCCCUGCUCUGCCUUACUCCAAUGAGGUGUUCACCUCCACCCCUAAGCGCAAGUCUAAAACAGAGUCCAAAAAGCAUGCACGCUGGAAACUCUGGUUCCUUUAA